AUGGCGAAACGCCGAACGAAACGCGAUGCCGAUGCAGAGACGCCUGACAAAUGGCAUCCACUUUCAGACCAGACAAAUCGUCCUGCAUUCUCGCCUGCUUUUGCUUCCCCGCCUCCAAAGAGAGGGCUGCGGACAUUGGCAACCCCAAUAUUCAAGAAAGGUGGUCUUUUCGCUUCACCCUCAAAAGAAACACUACCUUCAAAACUGUCUGUGGCAACACAAACCGACAAUGUGACGACAAAAUGUGCAUCCACACAAACCGAUGCAAUUCCGUCCCUUGCCUUUGAAAAUGAAAUUAUUACAGGGUAUCCAGGCCGACAACUGCAGCAGCAAGUAUACGACACAUUGAAUGCUCUACAUUCUCAACAGAAGGACAAGGAUUAUGUCCGUCUAUCGCUUCGUCAUGGACAACAAACAUAUUUGAAGAUCCCCAAUUUGCGCGUUCGAGCAACAAAGAAUGCAUCCAAGCAGGCCAGCAAGAAGCUUUGCAAGAAUACAGCUCUGGUUUCAGGGCUUCUUGAUCGCCUAUUUGGAGUUGCUUUCCGGCAUAUGAUCCCAAACGUUUUGGCUAGCAUUGGCAGUCAAUUUCGGCUCGCAGUUGUUCCAAUCCAUGAAUCAGCAUUGACGAUCUGCCAGGCAGUGGCGCUUCGAGAUUUUGUUCCGACGUCCACAAGAGGUCUCGAGAGGCUUGCGAACGCCCUCCAUGACAGUGCUCCAUUCCUUGGAAACCUGCUGUUCCCGAAGCAAUUGCGCCGCCGCAUUUCCGAGUAUGAGCAAUGCACCCUUGACGUCGAGUUGAGCUUUGAGGUCUUGUCUUUGGAGAUGAACGGAGAUGGGAAAAUGAAACCUUGUCCGCAUGCUUGGGUAUCAAACCCUCCUAUUGUCAUUGAGGGUCUCACAAGAAGUGCUCUUGUCACUGGCAAGUUUCAAGAGUCGAGUCUGAUCUCCGCUCACAAUGCUGAGAUCCUGGUUGUCCAAGGCUGUGACAAAGGAGGCAAUCUUACCCUCAGUUUGAUGCGCAUUGCCAAUAGGCUGGAUGGGAAUGCUCCAUCCUUUUGUUUUCCUCUGGCAUUCUACGAAGAUGGGAGGGAGUCUUAUGGGAAUCUUGCGAGGACUAUAUAUGACAACUCGAGGCCAGCCACAAAACCAAUCCAACCGUAUCUUCAGGCAUUGCUUGAUGGGAAACACCACAUUAUUGUGGUUUCAUCCUGUCAAGGGAAUGAGACGGUUGAUGCCCAGUGUUUAGCUGUUGAGUUCGAGGGCUACUGUGUUUACAAAAAGAGCGAGGCUGCGAUUCAGGAUUCAUGCAAUCGCCUCUUCCCUGACGCUGACCACCGCGAGUUGUCAAUGUCAACCGAGGAUGCAAGGAGUCGAAAGCAGCCAACAGUUGUGACUCUGGAUAAGGUUCAAAGUUGCCCUCUAGCAGUCCGACUUGUGCAAUCCAAUCCUACCAAAAAGGGGGACGAGCCCUUGGAAACGGAAGGAGUAGAAUACUCCGGCAUCCUUUUGUACCAAUCCUUGGAGGCGACGAGGACUCUUGUCAGCAGGCUGCGGUUUACGUCAGCGCUGUUUGUCCAGACAACAUGUGAAGUUAAGAUUCGGUGCUACGCUUGCAGGCCAUUCACGGCGGACGACCUCAAGCUUAACAUCGCAGUUUCUGGACAAGGCACCGCAGCAAGCAAAUACCCUUGUCCGAUCUGCAUUGCUUCCAGUGAUGAGUUUGCUCAAUGUGUGCAUGGUCUCACACCGUCCCCUUUGCGAGAAGGAGAGUUUCACAACGACACUUUAUAUACAACAUUCAUGAAGGUUGCUGGUGGAAGAUCAACAAAGGUGGCAAACGAUUCAUCGGCAGCAUCCAUGAAAAUCAAACGCACAGCAAAGAGUGUUGUCGCCAGACCUUUGCUUUUGACUCCACCGUCACAGAAUACUGCGGGCUCCAUGCACGUGUGCCAAGGAAUGAUGACACAUCUUACUCGUAGGACGUUCAAACUGCUACAAAAGAUUGACCGAAAGGCUGUGUGGUACACCGAAUUGAAAGAUGCCGUCAAAGACGCAAGUGACAUCAAAAAUAUAAAAGCAAAGCUUCAAGAGAUGCACCAACAAGACCGUGCAAUCUAUAACAAUCUGCAAGCAGCGACGAAAUGGCCCAACAUUCCAUCGCAAGCCGAACGAGCCAAAAACCUCUUGAACGAGCGAGAACAACACACCAUUCAGAGUGCAAUGGUUGCAUGGGCUGCUGUUGUCAAGGCCGGUGAAGAGCUUUCGGCGUCUGGAAGCAAGUUUGUCAAGGACUCUGGCUCCAAACCGGAAGGAGAGGCAAGUUACUUGCUAUAUCAAUCCUUCUGUGUCGAUGGAGGAGUAAAAUUCAACGUUGAGCAUUCUGGGCUCGAGUUGACCAAUGCUAAUGGUAUCAAAGUCCUGUCUAAAUACAAGAAGAUUGCCAGUCGAGUCGAGCAAGCCUACUGCGACAACCCACAAUUACAAGAGGAGGUGAAAGAAGUGAUGACAAUGUGGCGUACACUAGCCGAGCUGUUGCUUGAGAUCUCGGCAAUUCUUAAACGACAAUGCAAGCUAUCAGAUGACGAGGUAAAUCGCCUCAAGUUGUGUGCCGAGCAGUAUGGCCAGCAGUGGAUCUCGAUGAUACCCGGCAAAGAUACGGUUUUUAACAAGCUCCACACUCUGAUUGCCCAUUUGACAGAGUUUGCUGAGCAACACAAAACGAUUGGGCUGGUUAACGAAGAGAGCUUCGAGGCGACUCAUCCAAGGGCGCAGACAAUCAGCAAUCAUUUGAAAAGCAUGGUGUCGACAGAAGGCAAAGUCACGAAGACUAUCCAACGCUUUUCACUUGGAUUGAACAAUGAUUACCAAACAACACGCACUGCCCUCCAAGACGAUAGGAAGAUGGGCCAAAGAAAGCUCAACGAUGGUGACAAAUACAAGGUUGCGCAUCGCUCUCGGCAACACGAUAUGGCUCCAAUCACCAAUCAAUCAAACAAUAGCAAGCUACCGGACGGUCUCGUGCACGUUGACACAAACCAAUCCGUGGUGAAGGCGAAGUGGCUACCAUAUUACGACUAUUUGGUUUGCUCGAGGGUCCCUCCUGCUUGGCGGAAAGCCUUUGCAGAUGAUGAUGCAAUUGGCAGCGUUUACAAAGUCAAAUCGGAAUACGUUUGA